UAUUUUAUUUUUGCUGACUUGAAAUUUCAGAUCAGGAUUUAAAAUUUUAGAAAUUUCAUAGGAGACUCUCGGAUUGAAUGCUAAGUAGACUAAUGGAUAAUGGGAUUAGCCUUCAUUGCAGUUCUAGAAAAGAUAUUGGGAAAGCAUAGAGGAAGGAAAACAUUAUACAUUGCCCAUCAGGUCACAAGAGGCAGAAGGACUGUUGCCGGAGGGGGGCCGCGUCACUUUCGCGGGCGCCAUUUUGUGGGUCCACGUCGUCUGGCUUCUUUCCUUCUCUCCGGGCCUCCUCGGGACAGGCGGGCCCGGUGCAGCCGGGCGUGGAGGUGUUCGUGGACGGCAUGCCCGGGGGGGCAUCGUGGGUGGAGCUGCGUGACCUUUUCGAGGCGGCCGUGCCGGGCGUGGUGGUGAAGGUGGCCCUCAUGAAGCAGUUCGCCUUCAUCCACCUGUGCGACGAGGCGGUGGCCGAGCACGCCAUCCAGAAGCUCAAUGGGCACCUCCUGCACUGCCACCGCGUGGUCGUGGAGUUCUCCCGCCCGAGGCCCACCCACACCGUCAAGACCUUCGUGGGCAAUAUCUCGGCCGCAUGCACCAGCGGUGAGCUGCGCGUCCUCUUCCAGGAGUUUGGGCCCGUCAUCGAGUGCCACAUCAUGAAAGGAGUGGGAGAAGCGAGCUUGUGGCCUAGAAAUCUACUCUGUACAUGCUCAGAGGUGUUAUUACAUUCUCCAUUCCCGGCUGCGAUCCCAGCAAUUGAAACCAACUCAGCUUUAAGGAGCCCCAGUUUGACUAGCCGUCCCGCCGUGGCUGGGUUGACUUUACACAAUUGUUGGAUGUCCAGAGAAGCCAUUUAUGAGCUGCAUGAGAGGUACUUGGAGAAGUUGACCCAGCUCUUUGAGGAGCAUAAGGCCAAGUACGGUCUGCCCCAAGACAAGUACCUAAUGAUCACCUAG